CUAGGCAUCUGAUCUUUUAUUAUCUUUUUAUAUAUAUACAUACAGACUAUCCGUUACUUUUUCAAUUUUUGUAAUUUCAUUCAUCCAAAAAAACAAAGGAAGAUGGUCCGAGUAAGCAACUUGAUAAUCACAUUCCUUAAUUGUGUGACCCUAGCGGUUUCACUUGUCGCCAUAGGGUUUUCAAUUUGGCUCCAUUUUAACGGCAGUGCUACACUUUGCCAAAAAGUGUUUCAGAAGCCUUUGUUAAUACUGGGAAUUUCUCUACUGGUUGUUUCUGUGCUGGGAUUGGUUGGGUCUUGUUACCGAGUCACGUUUUUCCUGUGGAUAUAUUUGUUUUUGCUGUUUUUGCUCAUCGUAGGGUUGCUUUGUUUCUCGGUGUUCGCUAUUUUGGUCACAAAUAAAAACGUGAGCAGGGCUUUGUCUGGGAGAGGUUAUAUGGAAGUCAAGUUUGGAGAUUACUCACACUGGUUGCAGAAGUAUGUGUUUAAUGCUGAGAAUUGGGAGGAGAUUAAGAGUUGUUUGGUUGAUACGAAAUUCUGUCAACGUUUACCUACUGGCAAAGGCGCUGACUUCUACAAAUAUAGCCUCUCUGCUACUCAGUCGAGUUGCUGUAAGCCACCCACUUACUGCGGCUUAGAGUUCCACAAUGCAACCUACUGGACCUUGCCCAUAGCAGGGCCGGCCGUACCAGAUAAUGACUGCAAAAUAUGGAGCAAUGUACAAACAGAGCUCUGCUUCAACUGCCAAUCAUGUAAGAUAGCAUUCCUUGACAACAUCAAGAAAGAUUGGAAGAAAGUGUCCCUCAUCAACUUUGGCCUCUUCCUUCUAGUCCUCAUUGUUUAUUGCGUUGGCUGCUGCGCUCUCAGGAACAAUAAAUCAAAGGGAUACCAUAGGCACAAACCAUACCCAUGAGCCAUGAGCCAUAUUGGUUUGUUACAUUUCCAGUUUCCUAAAGAUUAUUUGUUUGACUGAAAACUUGGUUUGAACGGUAUAAGACAUUGAUGUUGUACU